GCCCGUGUUAGCUUUGCUGUUCAUCCCUCCGGGGUUGAUGGAAGAAAGUACCAGUCAGAUACUGAGGUCGUCGAUAACGACUUCAUCACAUCCUCUCGAAAUUGCUAGCCUUAUGCCUACAUCACAAACAAUUAUUAUUAUCCUCUCUCUCUCUCUCUCUCUCUCUCGUAAACCCUCUUCCUCGUCUUCCGGAAGAUCUUCCAGCAGACUAGGGUCUGCUGCUAUUCAUAGCCAUUCGAAGAAGCGAAAAGAAGAACAACACACAUGAACACAAACUCACAUGCACAUAUACACACACUCACGCGCGCGUUCACAUGCACACGCUUUCGCGCGGGCGCUAAUGCUCACAUACGCGCACACACACACACACACGCGCGCGCACUUACGCACGCAUGCACAGACUAAUUCCUAUUGCGGUCACAUUGUGAGGGUUCAUUACAAUAUUCGGUUUGAAUAGCAAACCGAUCCCUGUCUUCUUCCGUGGAUCACCACAGGGUGCUCGCUCCAUUGGCCAGCUCUCGCCGAUAACGGAGGCUCUACGCAGUUGUCUGAUGUCCUUAAAAUAGCAGCCGAAUCUCCCUAGAAUUACAUCGCAUUGUCUUAAAAACAAACGAAGGACUUUGUGGAUAAUAUAGUCCUACUAGCUACACACUGUCUGAUUGAAUUGAAUAAGAAACAGGAUGGAUGGUCACGAUUGGAACGUGUUGAUUAUACGUCUGGUCAGUGCUGGCCCGGGACUUAACAACAGCAGUAUAUAAUAUUCGAUUUUCAUGAAAUAGCAGCUAGAUCCCCCUCAAAGUACACCGUUUUUGUCUUAAAAAAAAAAAGAAAGCGCACUGAAUAAUGUAGUCUUAAUACUGAGUAUAAUAAGAAAUAAAGAAAAAACGGGAUGGUCACGGCUGGAAUAUCCUGAAAAUAAAUCCGGCUUGAUCAGACCUGGCCUCGGGCUAAACGGCAGAGGAACAAUAACAGGAAGGACAUAUUGGAUGAUGUGUAGUCGCAGAUGACACACGGUCUGAGUGAACUGAGACGGGACGUUCACGGCUGGAACGUCUUUGAUCGUAGAUAUUACUUAACCAGAGCUGACCCGGGGUUGAACAUGUCGCAACACCAAAUAACCGGCCAGUUUUCCUGUCAAGGAACCUCUCACUAAUUCGGAUCACAUAAAGAAAAUUCUUCAUACACUGAUGACUGACAACUAAGAGAGAAAGUACUUCGACACAAGUUAAUUCAACAACAGAAAAACGAAGAAAACAAAACCACCCCAAGAAAACAAAACCCAAAAACAACAACAGCCUAACAAAGCAUUUAACAGAAACAAAUUCAUGGAGAUGGAAAUAGUCUCAGACGAUGAUGCCUGUGGUGCUAAUAACUCCCAUAACACGGUACGCCGUAUUAUGUCAGAAGGAAUUUUACAAAAUGAUGAUGGCGAUACAGAAAAGUUUGACCCUUACCGAGCCCUCGAAAGAUCCCAGUCUGAUGCAUCUCUAAUUCAGAACUUUGAAAGUGGAAUAUCUUCGUCUGUUGAUACAACAGAUGACGAAACUGUUCGUGUUAGAAAUGUUGGACAUAAGGUAUCCGAGUGCUCUACCGUGUAUUACGACUUAUCGAAAGCCGUAGAAUGUGAAGUCAGCAAAACGCAGAAAGGCCGUCCCCGCACCCCACGUGCUCUGGAAACUAUUCCUCAAGAUGAAGAGCUGCAAAUUGAAAAACCCGUUAAAAACUUCUCCCGCUCUAUUAGCAGUGAAAGUUCAUCUAGCAUUUACGAAGACAGCGGGACGACUUUCACACAGAAGCUGUGUAAGGAAGAGAAGAGUUACAGCUUUUCUUCUUCGUCUUUGUCAUCAACGUCUGUAAAAUUUACCAAAGGUGGUCAGCAGGAGCAGAUCGUUACAAAGAGCAAAACCACGCUAAAAUCUACCAUGCAGACAUUCUCGCAGGAACUGAGAAACAAAAUUCACGUUUUACACAUUGGCUCCACACCGGAACAGAUCGCUGCUCUUCGAGAGAUGCUUGCCUUAAUUGAGAAUGCUUGGUCGACACCUGUUCAUGGUCGAGAUCUUGCCUAUGGCCUCUGUGACAUCAUUCGCCAUGAAGGUGCCCUCGAAAGGAUUGUUAGCAAUUGUGGUUCCUCAAACAAAGACUUGUUGCGAGCAUCUGGCCGAGUGUUAGAACAAAUCAUGACAACUGAAAACCGAGAAGCCGUGGCCAAAAUCGGUCUUGACACGGUGGUGAAAAUGACUUACAAAACCAAAAAUAUGUGUGAUAUGGCUCGUACUUCGACCGGAAUACUUGAAAGUUUAUUCAAAACUUCUGAGAAUACGUGUGGAGAAGUGAUCAAGCUUGGUGGAUUAGAUGUUGUGCUUCAUUGGUGUCGGUACACGGACAGAAUGACCCUACGUCAUUGCGCUUUUGCCCUUGCUAAUUUAGCCUUGUAUGGAGGGCCUGAGAAUCAGGAGCUGAUGAUAAAACACAAAGUCGCUGAAUGGCUGUUUCCUUUAGCGUUUAAUGACGAUGACAGCAUUCGUUACUAUGCUUGCCUCGCCAUUUCAGCCCUUGUUUCUAACAAAGAGAUCGAAGCUGCUGUAAUCAAGUCUGGUACCAUGGAACUUGUAUUACCUUUCAUUGAAAACCACACCCCUACUGAAUUUGCCGAAAGUGAUCAAUCUCACCAGCAUGGAUGUUUUUUUAGUUUCAUGUUUCCAAAUUCUCCUGAUUCUCGUUAUUUAUAUUCUAUGACUGUUGGCUCUGCGAAAGCACUAAAGCAUAACCAGUUUGUAUUCUGGCGCUGUGUUAUGUCUAUAGGGUUUACUGAAUAUGCAGACCGCUUUGAAGACUGCCGAGUGGACGGUGACCUUCUGUUGGUCAUCUCUGAGUAUGACCUUCAAGACAGCAUUAAGAUGACUCCCAGCAUCACCCGAAAAAGAUUUAUCAGAGAAUUGAAACAGUUGAAAACUACCGCAGAUUAUUCAUCGUGUGACAACACUCGGUUGAAUGACUGGCUACGAGAAAUCUCCGAAGAGUUUUCGCUCUACACCUAUCAGAUGCUGCACUGUGGUAUUGACAAGACAGUGCUGCCGACGGUGAGCGAGGACGAGCUGGAGAGGGAAUGCUGCAUCACCAACAGUAUUCAUCGGCGAAAGAUAAUGGACCAUAUCAAAAUGUUAACAAUGCCAAAUUCACAGUUUACCACCAUAGAGGAAGACCCAAGCGACAUACGCCGGGUACAAAAGAAAAUCGAUGUGUUUAUCAGCUACAGAAGAUCAAAUGGUUCACAACUCGCAAGUUUACUUAAGGUUCACUUACAACUCCGAGGGUUUUCAGUUUUCCUUGAUAUAGAGCGGCUACGAGCGGGUAAAUUCGAUGUAGGUUUGCUAAAGAGUGUACAAAAAGCCAGAAAUUUCAUCCUCGUCCUCACACCUCAAGCCUUAGAUCGUUGUAUUGGUGAUAACGAGAGGAAAGACUGGGUCCACAGGGAAAUUGCCGCAGCGUUAGAACACAAGUGUAACAUAAUUCCUUUAAUGGACAAUUUUGACUGGCCUCCUUGUGAGAAGCUUCCAGAAGACAUACGUUCUGUCACAUGUUUUAAUGGAGUCAGGUGGAUUCACGAUUACCAAGAUGCCUGUGUUGACAAAAUCGAACGGUUUUUACGAGGUGACGUGAAUGUGAAAAGGGGACAGCUUCAGUCCUUAAGUAAUCAGGGAUCGUUUGAAGACCCAGUAAUGGCACAGUUCAAGUGGAGCAGCAGCAGCAGCAGCGAGAAUGAUUCCCCACCAAAGAAUUCCCCAAGUUAACUAAGAUCUUUUACCUAACCGUUUCUUUGUAAAUAAAUAAAUAUGUAGGUAUAUGUAUGUGUGUAUGAACAUAUAUAUAUAUGUUCAUAUAUUUGUAUAUAUAUUUGUAUAUAUAUGUGCAUAUAUA